AUGGCGCUGUGCGAGGCUGUUGUGUGCGGAAGCUCUCUGCUCUGGCCUCGGGUGUUGCUCUUCGGCGACUCCACCACCCAGUUUUCUUUCCAGCAGGGUGGGUGGGGAGCGUCACUGGCGGACAAGCUGGUCAGAAAAUGCGAUGUUCUGAAUCGUGGAUUUUCGGGUUACAAUACCAGAUGGGUGAAGAUUAUCCUCGCGAGGCACCGGAAGGGGAGCAGUUUGGACAGCCCAGCAGCAGGUACAGUUUUCUUCGGUGCCAGUGACAGUGCGCUAAAAGGUGAGAACCCCAAGCAGCGCAUCCCCCUGGAGGAGUACGCGGCAAACCUGACGAGCACGGUGCAGCACCUGCAGUCCGUGGGUGUGCCCGAGAGCAGGCUUAUCCGCAUCACGCCACCACGGCUCUGUGAGGCCGCACGGGGACAGGAGCGGCAGUUGGAUUUUCUCUUCUCCAUAGGGUGCAAAUUAAAUCGCCUCAACUCGGUCGUUGGUGAAUAUGCCAGGGCCUGUUUACAAGUAGCCCAGGACUGUGGGAUUGAUGCACUUGACCUGUGGACCCUGAUGCAGAAGGACAGUCAGGACUUUUCUUCUUCCUGUUUGUCAGACGGACUACAUUUAUCACCAAAAGGAAAUGAGUUUUUGUUCUCCUAUCUUUGGCCUUCGAUAGAGAAGAAAGUCUCUUCACUGCUUUUGUUGCUCCCUUACUGGCGAGACAUAGCAGAAGCAAAACCAGAACUAAGUCUUCUGGGAGACGGGGCCCACUAGUCACCGAAAACCAAGUCCAGCUGUUAAUCUACAGAACAGGAAGUCGCCAGUGCACAAAGACCCCAAGAUAAGUGGUCAGAGAAGUUUAAACCUUUGCUCAUGACCCUGCAAUAAAAAUCACAGACAUCUGCCACCAAGAUUAAUAAAAGCAUUGGAAGUUUUCAGGACA